CUUAACUCUAAAAAUCAAUUAUAAUUUUUCACUUAUGUGAACUAGGAGUCUUUCUUUUAAUGGUUUUAUCGACGUAUCAAAAUUGCUAUUUCCUCUCGAAAUAAUGGCAACGAUACACAUCAAUGCUAUUUAUUGAAUAUUCUUUUAUUAUCAUGUAAUUUCUGUUCUAUUUUUGCUAAUAUUCUAAUACUUUUAAAGCCGUCCACGAGUGAUCAAAUCUGGCUUUGAAUUUCUCCUUUUGUCCCUAAGGUUGCUGAAGAAUACAUAAUUUUGGUUAAACAAUCCCCAUUUAAAAAGAGAGAAAAAAAACUCCAUUUAUAUUUCUCUUCUUUUUCUUUCCCUCUCUUUUUUUUUGUUUCAUGUUAUCAGAACGUACUCAACCACCAGGUCAUUUAGACCUUGGUAAUUCACUUCAAAUACCUCAGGGUCCACCUUCACCCUCUUAUUCUACAGUGUCAUUUAUGUCGUCAGUCACUUGGAUGGCCGAAAAGACAACGACGGAACUUAUUCCAUUGUUAAAAAAUGCAUAUAGCGCAUUGAAAGAUAAAGAAAAAGAUUUAGUAUUAGCUGCCGAAAUAGGAAAAUCUUUAUUAGAACAUAACUUGCGCUUAAAGUCUAGUUAUGAAUCAUUACUCCAGUCAACAACACCCCCAAUUACGCCUUCUUGUUCUACAAUACCAUUGGAGGAUUCUGGUAUUGAUUCAAGUGACGAUGAAAGCAGUAGUAUGCGAUUCGUGCCUUCAAGAGGUACACGGGAAGCCAUGAUUGAAGUUUUGGAGAAAAAGAAUACAGAAUUAGCAUUGAAGCUUGAAUCUGCCAUGACAGAACAAGAUCAAUUAAGAACAUCCAACUCGAAAAGAACGCGUCAACUCGAGAAUGAGAUCAGUUUGCUAAAGGGCAAUCUGGAAAUUGCAACUACUAAAAUACAGGAACUUCAAGACAUAAAUCAACGUCAAAAGAAACUAGAAGCUGCCAAUGCAUCUAUUAGCCAGCAACAACAGGAAAAUGAUACUUUGGUAGAUGAACUCUAUACAGAAAUCAACAAGAUAAAGCAAGAAAAAGAGAUAGUGAACCAAUCAAAGCUUGAACUGGAAACCAAGUUAGCCAACACAUUAAAAGACCUUGCGGAAUUGAAAAAGCAAUUUGAGAAAUUUGAGUUCACACAAAAGGAUUUCGACGAAUUACAAGAUGCUUACAAGCGCCAAUUUGAUCAUAUUGAUGAACUCAAUCAUAGCCUCGAAGACCAUCGAAACCUCCUUCAAAAACUUAAAGAAAGAGGCAUCAAUAUUCAUUCAACACCAGCCCCAAGUAUGUUUGGGGGUGAAGUAGAUGACCAAAAGUUCCGAAAAAAUACACUUUUGGGGGAACUCGAGUCAGAAUGGAUGAAAACAAACUCACCUCAGCUGCUUCCUUCUUUUAUGAUCGAGAAAUCAUUGGCCGCCUUUUAUAACAUGCCCUCGAUUGGAAUUGAAAGUAUCUUGUCCAAGGCUACUGGUAUUGAUCCACAGCUCUUAGAUGAUGCAUUAGAGUUUAUCAACCAGAUUGAAAAAGAACACAUUGAAGAAAAACUGUUGUGUGAUAAGUUCGAUGAAUGUGAUUUUGGUGUACUGCAUGAUCCUUAUCCAUCAUCUGGCUUGUAUCCUAGUGCAACAAAGCCAGAGCUGAUGCAGAUGCAACGUUUUGCUGAACCUAAAACCUUUGUGGGACGUCUCCGUGUUCGUAUCCAGAAGAUAUUUAAUCUCGUGUGGAAAUGGUGUCGAUUUAUUAUGAUUCUUACCACUGCCCUUGUUAUAAGUGCAUGGCAAGGACCAGAUUCUUUACUUGUCACAUAUUAAUUUUAUUGUAAUUCUUCAUAUAUAUCCUGUACACAACCUAUAACCCCUCUUUUUUUUUGCAUUCAUAUCUUUAAUAACAUAAUCACAUCC